GUUGCGGCGCGGGGCAGGUGCCGGAAGCGCUUCGGUAGCUGUCCCGGAGCGCGGCGGCGGCGGCGUUGGGAGCUCGCCGGCGCCAUGGUGGAGGAAGUGCAAAAGCAUUCUGUGCACACACUUGUGUUCAGAUCUUUGAAGAGGACUCAUGAUAUGUUUGUAGCUGAUAAUGCCAAGCCUAUCCCGUUAGAUGACGAAAGUCACAAAGUAAAGAUGGCAGUCAAGCUACGUACGGAGUAUGGCUCAGUAUUACACAUGCCUACUCUUAAAGAAAACUUGAGAGAGAAAGGAGGCCCAAACACCGGGGAUCCUUAUGGACAAAAACAGUACUCUGGAAAUCAAGGACAAGAACUUGAAUAUUUGAUAACUGGCACACAUCCAUACCCACCUGGGCCCGGUGUGGCUCUGACAGCAGAUACUAAGGUCCAGAGGAUGCCUAGUGAAUCUGCAGCACAAUCCUUAGCUGUGGCACUUCCUGCUUCUCAAUCCAGGUUGGAUGCAAAUCGGACAGCUGCUGGUGUGGGUGAUAUUUACAGGCAUGCUGGAAUAUCUGAGCGUUCACAGCCUCCUGGGAUGUCCGUGGCUAUGGUGGAAGCUGGUGGAAACAAAAAUUCUGCAUUAAUGGCAAAGAAGGCUCCAACCAUGCCCAAACCUCAGUGGCAUCCACCUUGGAAACUAUACAGAGUUAUCAGUGGUCAUCUGGGCUGGGUGAGGUGUAUUGCAGUAGAACCAGGAAAUCAGUGGUUUGUUACUGGCUCUGCUGACAGAACCAUAAAGAUCUGGGACCUUGCUAGUGGCAAAUUGAAGUUGUCUUUGACGGGACACAUCAGUACUGUGCGAGGGGUGAUAGUAAGUGCAAGAAGUCCGUACCUCUUUUCUUGUGGAGAAGACAAACAAGUGAAAUGCUGGGAUCUUGAAUACAAUAAGGUUAUCAGGCAUUACCAUGGUCAUCUCAGUGCUGUCUAUGGUUUAGACUUGCAUCCAACAAUAGAUGUGCUGGUAACGUGUAGCAGAGAUUCAACAGCACGAAUCUGGGAUGUAAGGACGAAAGCCAGUGUGCACACACUAUCAGGACACACAAAUGCAGUAGCGACAGUGAAGUGCCAAGCUGCAGAACCACAAAUUAUUACAGGCAGUCAUGAUACUACCAUACGGCUCUGGGAUUUAGUGGCAGGAAAAACUCGUGUUACUUUAACAAAUCACAAGAAAUCUGUUAGAGCAGUAGUGCUACACCCAAGACAUUACACGUUUGCAUCUGGCUCUCCCGAUAAUAUUAAGCAGUGGAAAUUCCCAGAUGGAAACUUCAUUCAGAACCUCUCUGGUCACAAUGCUAUUAUCAACACACUGGCUGUAAAUUCUGAUGGUGUUCUGGUCUCAGGAGCUGACAAUGGUACGAUGCAUCUUUGGGACUGGAGAACUGGAUACAAUUUCCAGAGAGUACAUGCAGCUGUGCAGCCAGGCUCUUUGGACAGCGAAUCAGGAAUAUUUGCUUGUGUUUUUGACCAGUCAGAAAGCAGACUGCUAACUGCUGAAGCUGAUAAAACCAUCAAAGUAUACAAAGAAGAUGAUACUGCGACUGAAGAAACUCAUCCUGUCAGCUGGAAGCCAGAAAUUAUCAAGAGAAAGCGAUUUUAGUGUGGCAGGAUACUUAUACUGUAAUUUUGUUUUGGCUUUCCUGAGAGCAUUCAGUCACAUUUUGUUCUGCCUAGAACAGCAGAGCAGGAAGUCAGCUAAGUCAUUGCUAUUUCAACAUGUUUUAUAAUAAAUUUUAUUUCUCUUCCCUUUUGUUUUUUUUUUUUCGGUGUGAUCCCAGCAAACCAGUUGCAGCUGUUAACUUUCUUUUUGUGGAGCAUGUAUAGUUCAUGAAAAGGAUAGAUGUGCAGGUGCUUACUUUUUUGUAUGAAUCUACUGAGUGUAGGUCUAAAAAUAUUUUGAUGAGCCAGGUUUUCUGUAAGACUGUUGCUUGACUCCAAAAGUUAAUUGCAAGUUCAUACAUAGAAGCCAUGUACUGGGAAUUUCUUGAUUGACACUUUUAGAUUUUAGACCAGUAUAGCUUACUGUACAUAUGCUAAUUGUAUACUGCAAUGGAACAGCAUAUAUACUAAAUUAGGGAGUAACUGAGUAAUCAAGAAAGAAGCAGGACAAUAUAAUAAUAAUGUAGUUUGCUUUAUAAAUGCAGCCACUGAGCAUUGCCAGUGCAAUGAAGUAGAUCUUCAAAGUGUUUCUUUCCUUAGGAAAGCUUUCAUAUGCAACUACUAAUCUUAACUCAUUUCAUUUCAGAGUGGACCUUCUGUAGCAAGGACCACUGUCAAAUCAUAUUGUUCACCACCACCGUAGGGUUAGGACCAGUUACUUUCUUUGUAAAUCACCUGUUUGUUUUUUCAGUUAUCCAAAACGCAUGACAUUAGAGUACAGUUAACUUUUAAAACUGAGGUCUAAGAGGAAGAGCUCUUAAGUCAUUCCAGCCUUAAUUUGACAUGUUGCUGUCUGCCCAUGAUCUUCUGAAGGAAUUUAAAAUACACAUUUCUGAAAGAUAAUUUGUACUCCUGAAGGGACAAAUCUUUCAUUGUGUUUACAGUCACAUAACACGCAGUAAACAUAUAAGCCUUCUUGCUACAGGUUUUCUGUGAUGCUCUAAAGCACUUUCUCUUCAUGGGGGACAAAAGUGUUAAGUCAUCAAGCCAUUCAGUUGCUGGGUAGGUGCUGAGAAUUGUUCUGUUGCUGCGGCAUUGGUAGCAAGCAGUUCACAAUAAUUAUUUCUGUUCUCUGCCGCUCUGACUUUUUUCAAACCUGGAAUUUAUGUUACAGAAAUGACAGUUACUUGCAAUGUAACUUACAAAAAGCUAGUAAAACUAAGUGUUGUUUAAAUUACAAGAAUUUUUGUCUUGUCUUUUAUGAUACAUAGGAAGUAAUGUAUUUAUAAUUUGAAUUUUUGACAGUAUCAUUUUAAGAGAGUCCAUGCUGCAUAAAUAUCUGAUUUUUGGUUGACAGCUAUUGUCUGAGGCAUCUUUACAAAAAAGGGUAUUUACAAGUUGGAUUGGUAUUUACAAGUUGGAUUAAACAUCUUUUGAUAAUUUGAAUUUUUGUAGAUUUGUUACAGCUGUUAGAAUUUUAAUUAACAUAAUGGGAGAAAAUACAGGUCAUGACUUACGUGUAUUUUAUACUGCUGCUAAUGCUUCAUUCCAGAAAUCUAUGAAUUAUUUGCAUUACACAGAAGUUUCUUGCACGCACUGAAAUCCCCUGAAGGUAACCAGAGUGGAGAGCAAUAAUGGACUUGAAAAGGGGUGGGAUUGUUGUGGGCUUUUUGUUUGCUGGGUUUUUUGGGGGGUUGUUUUGUUGUGGGUUUGUUUUGUUUUUUGGGGUUUUUUUUAAGUGUCUAUUUCUUGUGAUACUUUGGAGUCAGGGAGAGGAAAUCAGAGGUUUUGGCUCACAGUUCUAUCACAUCUCCUCUGUAGUGGCACUUUCCUUUAAAAACUGUGUUUAUUCCGCUGUUUAUUGCUUUGAAGAGAGAUCAGAAAGUCUCCUGCAGAACCUCUGCCCUGGUUAAAGAUCUGGUUUGCAAAAAAGGCUACUCACUGUUAUUGAGAAUAACACUUCUUUUUGGUUCUAUAAUAUGCUGUCCCAGUUCUAAAUGUCUGGGUUUUUUUUAAAUUGUAUUCUUUAACAUUUGAUUUGCAUGUUCAUUUCCAUCCCAGCAGUGUUUUUCUUCCACUUGACAGUAAUGUUAAUAGCAUCACAUAUGUAGUAUGACACGUCAAGAUUAUCACAUUUCCUUUAAGUGCUUCUCUAGCACAAAGUAAGCCUCGAUGGUGAAUUGUGAUACACAGUUGUGUAGGAUAUACAGUGACAAGGUGAAGCAAAAGAGGAGGAUCUGGUCCAUUGGAUGUAUUUUCCAUUAUUCUGGAAAGUGUCAUGCUGCAAUGUCAGUUAAAGUAAUAUGAGCCUAAUCUCAGAAAAUAAUUGUCAUUUAUUUCAUAAAAUUUGAUUUCUUCUGUAUAUGAUUAUAUCGUACACAUUUCUACCACAAACCCUGAGUUUUGUUUUAUACUGUACAUAAUUGCAGAGAAGUAAGAAAAUGUUUUUUUGUUUGUAACAUAAUUCAAAAACAUGUAAUUGGUAAAAUUGAUAGUUUUUAAGAUCACUCUUUGCUGUAUACCGAAGCAUACAAUGUAAGCUAUGCAGCUAGAAAGCUGCCAUUUGCUGGCAGCACGUAAGUUGCGUAGGACGGUAUGUCUUUGGCACCUUAAAGGCUUACAGAAGUAGAUCUUUAAUAGCCAAUUUCUUUUUAAUCCUGUUAAAUAAAAAUGAAAGUGCUGUGCCUGAUUUAAGUGACAGCAAUUUAGCCAUCAAUAAAGCCUUCAGUACGA